AUGGUCACAGUCAGGACCAUUAUCAGCGUAGCUGCUGCCAAGGGCUGGAUUUUAUAUCAAAUGGAUGUUAGCAAUUCCUUCCUACAAGGAGAUCUCUAUGAAGAAGUUUAUAUGCAGUUGCCUCAGGGAUUUCAUAAGCAGGGGAAGUUCUUAAUCAAUGAUGUUACGACAAUUCUACAUAGCAAGUUCAAAGUUAAGGACUUAGGCCAACUAAGAUAUUUUCUGGGAAUUGAGGUCUCAAGGUCAAAAAAGAGGAUCUUACUCAAUCAAAGAAAGUAUGCUUUGGAAUUAAUUUCAGAGAUAAGCUUAAGUGGUGCAAAGCCAGUUGCAACUCCUAUAGAGUUGAAUCAAAAACUAACAACUGUAGAGUAUGACACAUGUAUUGGGAAGACAGGAGAUUCAGAGUUAAAAGAUAAUUCAGCAUAUCAAAGAUUAAUAGGGAGGCUGUUAACUAUCACCAGGCCUGACAUAAGUUUUGCAGUACAAACUUUGAGUCAAUUCAUGCAAAAGCCCAAAAAGUCACACAUGGAGGCAGCAUUGAGAGUGGUGAGGUAUAUCAAAGGAGCACCAGGCAUGGAGUUAUUGAUGGAAGCAGGAGCCAUUGAUCAUCUAAGCGCAUAUUGUGAUUCAGAUUGGGCAUCAUGCCUCAAUACAAGGAGAUCUGUAACAGGUUAUGUCGUGAAACUAGGUAAUUCUUUAAUAUCAUAG